UACUCCCAAGAAAAAGGUUGUUUGCCGGAUACUCGAGGAGAAGUGAUUGAAGACAUCAUACUGUGGGCGCGCGGUCCUCACAAAUUUUCGUCCAAGUCAAAGUUUUGGCUCCACGGGCCGGCGGGUGCCGGGAAGUCAUCUAUCGCAAACACGGUGGCGAUGACGGCGGAGCAAAUGGGACUCUUUGGGUCUUUCUUUGCGUUCAGCACAUCUGUAAGGGAGCGUAGGCCGCACAACCUCCUUGCUACUAUCACACGUGAUCUGGCAGAUUGCAUUCCUGAAUGGAAAAAGUCGCUAUGGUCAGUUAUACGCGGCAACACGGCCCUACGAUCAACUCCUUCGCUUGGAUUGCAGUUCGAGAAAUUCAUGGUGGAUGUCGCCGAAGGCAUCAGUGACAGGACACUCGGACCGAUACUGGUUGUUAUAGAUGCCUUGGACGAAAGCGGUGCAGAGUCGGAGCGCUCGGACUUAUUGCGGUAUAUCGCUCGACUCGGGGAAAUCGGUCCUUCCUUCCGAUUUCUGAUCACCUCCCGCACCGAAAGCGACAUCGCCGCUGUCCUGGGGAAUUCGACGGAUGUGCUCUCGCUCGACAUAGCUGCUGUGGAUGGCUUUACCACGAAGAGGGAUAUACGGCGAUAUGUCGGUUGGAUGUUGUCCCGUUCGCCAUCCAUUGCGACGAGUAAACGAUGGAUCGAGGAGCAAGGAUCCAUUGUAGACACGUUGGUCGAGCAUGCGGAUCUUUCCUUCCAAUGGGCCUCUACAGCUUGCAAGUUUAUAUCAGGAGAGGGGCAAUCCAAGGCAUAUAGCUGGUACGAGCGCUUUCGAUCCGUCAUUGCGUUUCGUCUGGAAAAGACGCGACAGGGAGUCAAGUUCUCCCACCUUGAUGCUCUAUAUCAGACUGUGUUGGAAAUCUUGUUUCCCCAGGAAGACGCUGACGGACUAGGACGGUUGACGAAGGCACUGGCACUGGUUGUUGCGACGCGAGAGCCGCUUACUAGACAAGGCUUGCAGGAGUUUUACUCUGAUUAUGGCGACUUCCAAUAUACGGAGCAUAUUCUCUCUUUUCUUGGGUCUCUGAUCUCCGGCGUCUCCAGGCCUGAUAUCCCCAUCCGUCCAUUGCAUAGUUCUUUCCGUGAAUUGCUUCUGGAGCCAGAUCGUAGCGGGACUUACUGUGUUGCACCCUCACGAGAAUCAGUGGAGAGCAUGAUUUCAUCCUCCUCUCUUCGCAUUCUCAGGACCUCGCUCAAAUUCAACAUAUGUCGCCUUGAGACUUCGUACCUGCUUAACUCGGAAAUUCAAGACAUGCCGGACCGUGUCGCGUUGUAUAUUUCCCCGGGUCUCAGCUACUCGUGUCGCUUUUGGUCGGCGCACCUGGAAGGAACACCACUUGAUGAUGGACAACUACAUGACAUCGAGAGCCUUUUCUCGACCGCGAAGAUAUUGUUCUGGAUUGAAGUACUGAGCAUCCUCGGCUCGCUGGGUACGGCAGCUCCCGCGCUCGGUACACUGCUCAAAUGGACGAACACUCCUAGAAGCAGCAUCGUACCGUUCGUACGCAAUGUACAGCAAUUUGUACGCGUAUACGCGCCUGCCAUGUCAAUCUCUGUACCACAAAUCUACCUGUCGGCGCUUUCAUUCGCUCCCAACGAGUCUUUAAUCGCUACUCGCCUGAGGGCUUAUUUUCCCAGAAUAGCCAUCAUAGGCGCCGCUGACAACGGUGACUGGCCGGCAUUACAGUCAGUACUCCAAACGCCUGUCCCCAUCUCUGCCGUGGCAUUUUCUCCGGAAGGAACUCGUAUCGCGUCGGGAUCUCGCCAGGGAAUUGUUCAGAUAUGGGAUGCAGAGACCGGAGAGGCAAUGAGUAGACCUCUGCACGGCCACACCGAUGUCGUCUACUGUGUUCUGUUUUCCCCCGAUGGUAGCCGUAUCGGUUCUGGAUCGUGGGACAACACCGUCAGGAUCUGGGAUACUCGUACAGGACGCGCUGCCACGGACCCGCUUCUAUCCCACAGUGAUGAUGUUACCUGUCUCUCUUUUUCGUCGGACGGGGGUCGCCUCGCAUCAGGGUCCCGAGACAGGACUGUGCGAGUUUGGGAUGCAUACUCCGGCGAUCCAAUUGGUGCGGCACUGGAAGAUACAGAUCCGAUUUAUGCUGUGGCGUUCUCACAUGGAGGUAGGCAAGUGACUACCGUAUCUGAGCAAGUGGCAGUCCGUAUACGAGACAUAAAAUCCGGGGACAUCAUAAGCGUGCCCUUCCACGGCAUCGCAAUGCCAGCAUCCUCAAUCGCAAUCUCACCGGGAGGAGACUGCGUCGCUGCCGGCUUUCGGGACGGAUCCGUAGGUCUUUGGGAUGCCGUCACAGGCGCGGAGAUCAUCAAACUGCAUCGAAGUCACACUGCAAACGUUUGGUCCCUCUCGUUUUCGUUUGACGGCCGUCAUUUUGCUUCCGGAUCCUGGGACGAGACGAUUCGAGUCUGGAAUACCUCAGGCACGGGCAACACUGUCAGCGAGCCACUCCGCGGCCACACGAAUGCUGUCUGGUCCGUUGGGUUCUCUCCCGACGGGAGUCGUAUCAUUUCUGGCGCCCCAGACAAGACCAUCCGCGUCUGGGAUGCAUAUGUAGCGACGACUGCAGGAGAACCGUCAUUUGACGGCUGUGGUAAUUGCCAUUCCAUUACGUUCUCACCGGAUAACACUCGUGUUGCAUCGGGAUCAGACGAUUCAGUCAGCAUCUGGGAUGUCCGCACCGGGGCUCCUGUAGGAGCGCUACGGGAAAGGCAUAACGGAUCCGUUCUGGCCGUUGUGUAUUCUCCGGAUGGUAACCUUAUAGCUACUGGCGCUGACAGCGUCUGCCUCUGGGAUGCGAAAACCGGAGAAAGUCUGGUCGAUCCCGGCAACAACGGCCCCUCUCGCGAAGUUCAGUCUCUAACGUUUCUACCCGAUGGUAGUUGCCUUGCCUGCGGUACAUCAAGGACAACAAUUCUGGUAUGGGACGCACGCACCGGCAAGGCUGUCUGUCAAGCCCUCCAAGGCCAUACUCGAAUUAUCACUACUAUAACAUUUUCUGCAGAUGGCCGUCUCAUAGCCUCUGGCUCAUGGGAUAGGACGAUUCGCGUCUGGAGCGUGCUGACCGGAGAACCCAUCGUUGACAAUGCUCUGAAUGGCCAUACCGACGCCGUUGACUGUGUAGCGUUCUCCGCAGAUGGAACGCAUAUCGUUUCCGGCUCGAGUGACAUGAGCGUUCGAAUUUGGAACACGCACAGUGGCGCAUCUGUCGGCGAGCCCCUUCGCGGACACACGCAGGCAGUCUGUUCAGUCGCAUUCUCUCCAGACAGGAGCAUCGUCGCCUCGGGCUCGGAGGACCAGACAAUACGAGUUUGGAAUGCACACACAGGCGAGCUUGUGGGUCAGUCUCUUUGCGGUCACACGGGGACCGUCCUUUCCCUCGCCUUUUCUUCAGACGGCGCCCGUAUCGCAUCCGGAUCGAUGGACCACACGAUUCGAGUCUGGGAUGCACCAUCCGUCGUCCCCGAUGGAUCGGUCCUUACCCGUGCAUCACUUGAUAGUGAGUGGGCCGAGCAUAUGAACGCCCGUCUCCUGAUACCAGAAGGGUCAGUUCUGACUCGUCAAGAGUUCAUGGAUUCAUUUCGGCUUCUUGGCGAUGGAUGGAUGGUCGGUCCCGGGCAACAGCGUCUGAUAUGGAUUCCUCCUCGACACCGAGCCGGUCUUCUUCUCCCGCGGUGCAAGCUCCUCAUACCAACGAACCACGCGACGACCGUUGAUCUAAGACGCUUCGUGCAUGGGAUGGAUUGGAUGGAAUGUAUUAUGCCG